AUGUCCGAACUCAGAAAUACUCGUACUGUGAAUAGCUUAAAUCCCAAAAAAGCUCCGGGGCCAGAUGGGUUCACAGCGGAGAUUUGCUCUAGGUCGAUAGCUGCUAAUGAAGAGGUUUUUCUAGAAAUUCUAAACAAGUGCCUAGAACUAUCAUAUUUCCCCACCCCAUGGAAGGAAGCUGCAGUGGUUGUUCUGAGAAAACCUGGAAAAACUGAUUAUGCUCAAGCUAAAUCAUACCGGAGACUAGGAUUGUUGCCUACUUUAGGAAAGAUAAUGGAAAAAAUGAUGGUUAAAAGGAUCCGUUGGCACAUUCUUCCUCGGACUAAUUGCAGGAAGUAUAGCUUCAUACCACAAAAAUGCACUGAAGACGCUCUUUUCGUAAAGAGCGUCUUCAGUGCAUUUUUGUGA